GCCUACAGCAUCAUUUAUUUGGCGCCAAGCCAGACUGAUGCAAAAUUACGGGGCUUAAUAGGCCUAGUGCCUACUGCCUAGGUACUAGGUAGCACUCAUGGCGGCCGCCGCGUUCGGGAGAGACAGACGAAUCCGCAUCCGCCUCCGGCGCACAGAAGCCAGCGUCGCGUGCUCUAUCUAUGUAUAUAUACCAGCCGCUUCGCCGGAGAGCUCCAACCAGCAAGCCAAACCAAGCGGGUCUGAUCGGAGGAGCAGAGGAAGAAGCAAAGCACGCGCACUGCAGGGUCUGCUGCAGCCACGCCCACGAUGCCGCGCCGCAAGGUCCCCAUGAGGCUCAUCGAGAAGGCGCGGGCGCGCGCCGAGACCCACGCCAGGAGGACCAAGGGGCUGCAGAAGAAGGCGUCGGAGCUCGCCACGCUCUGCGCGGUCCCGGUCGCGCUCGUCUGCUCCGCCGGCGCGGGGGAUCCGCCGCUCGUGUGGGAGUCGGAGGAGGGAGUGCUCGAGAGGUACCAGCGCGCCGUCCCGGCCGAGACCCGCGCGCGGCACACGCACCGGUGCUACAUGGAGACGGAGCUGGGUAAGGAGAGGGCCAAGCUCGCCCGGACGCGGCACGGCUGCCCCGGCGCGCUCGCAGACUGGGACGCCGCGCUCAACGACAUGACGCUGGAGGAGGCGCGCGGGCUGCUCGAGACCAUCGACACGGCGCUGCGGGCCACGGGAGAUAGAAUGGAGGCGCUGGGCAUACCUGCCGACGGCGGCCACGGCCCGCUCCAGGGUUCUUCCCACGACGCCCUCAUGCCGCAGAAGCUCGGGCACGGUAGCGGCAACCCCGUGGACAUGGACGCCGCCGGCUUCCAGCAGCUGCAGAUGGUGCCGUUCCACGCUGGGAACAACGAGGGCCUACUCGAGCAAUUCUCAUGGGACGACCCCUUCCAGACGGAGCCAGGGUGCGGCGGCUUCCAAUCUGUCAGCGGCAACUACUCGGCCGGCGGCGACGAGAUGCUCGCGCUAGGCCUCGCCAAUGCCGACUAUAAGUACUCGGGUGGCUGCGACGAGAUGCUUGCGCCGGGCAUCACCAAUGCUGACUACAACUACUGGGCCGGCGGCGACAAGAUGCUCGCGCCGGGGGCCGGCGGCGACGAGUUGCUCGCGCUAGGCCUUGCCAAUGCUGACUGCAACUACUCGGGCGGCAGCGACGAGAUGCUCACGCCGGGCUUCGCCAAUGCUGACGGCAACUACUCGGGCGGCGGCGACAAGAUGCUCGCUCCGGGCUUCGCAAAUGCUGACUGCAACUACUCGAGCGGCGGCGGCGACGAGAUGCUCGCGCCUGGCUUUGGCAAUGUUGACUACGACUUGACUGAUCUGACCAUGUGGGCAGCCGACGAGUUGUGUGAUGCAGUCAAGCCACUUGGGUGCUACCCUGACUUCGCCGACGGUAUUCUACCGCCCGAGUACUCAGCUCAGGUCGUCACCGGCGGGGACUACGUCAACACACCACCAUCUGGCGGGUACGGGUACCCCAUGGGCACGGGCAUGGGCGACAACUUCACUCAUCUCGACAGCAACUACACGGCGCACUGGCAGUUCCAGCGCUUCGACACAAGCAGUCUGCUACUAGGGGAAAUGCAGUCGUAG